AUGAAAGCAUUACUUAACAUUUUCUCCCUUUCGCCUGAACAAGCUCUAAAUUUCGGGCGCGGCUCGUCGGCAUGCAAGCCAAUUCCACAGCUUCAGACGAAUCAUCACACGGCGGGAGGUUCUUCAUCUGCAGGUACGGCGGUGGCGUUGGGAAAUUGCCCUGGUCUAUACCGUUUCAAGGCGACACGUGACUCUUCAAACCGUUCGAUCGGCGCGCGGGGAAGAUGGUGUGAAACUGGCUGGGGUUCUGGGGUUGUUGUUUGGGGAUUGGCCAGAUCUGGCUUGGGUAGCGAUAUUUUAAGGACAACUCUUCUUCUUCGUGUUCCUUCCUCGAUCCUUCGUUGCCUUUUUAUCGAUCCUUACCUUACUCUCAUCAAAGGAAUCAAACACACUCGCUCAACAAAUCCAAUUCACUUACAACAGCAACAUGCACGUCUUCAUUCCCAUUGUCGCCCUCUUGGGCCUGGCCGUUGCCCAGAGCGACGAGAGCACCAGCACCGCUGCCUCGAGCACCAACUCCGCUACCGACGCAACCUCGUCGGCAGGGUGCGCCAACGUCCCGGCUCCCAACGAGUCCAUGAUCAUGGCGACAGACAAUUGCUCAAGGAACGAGUGGGAGACAGCGGCCCUGAGGAUACCAAGAAGUACGGCGAGUGCCUUGCAUCUUGCGCAAGCCAGUACUACUACGUUUCUGGUGGCACUCCCACAGGCGUCAUGACUUCCCAAUCGUCCGCCACGGGUGCUUCUACGCCUGUAAAUGGCAGUGCUGGUAGCACCACUACCUCUGAAAGCAUGGCGUCUUCCUCUGGUUCUGCUUCGCAGACUGGUUCCGGUUCCGAUUCAUCGGACAGCUCCGAGAGCGGCGCAUCAUCCACUGCCUCUGACGCUGCUGAAUCUGGAGCUUCAUCCACCUCUGAGGAGGCUGCAGAGUCGACUGGCGCGGCUGCUUCCCUCAGCCUGAGCAACGGGAUGAUUACCCUGUCGGGUGGUGUCAUUGGCUUGGUUGCUGCCGCCUUGGCCUUUAAUGUCAAUGUUUUGCCAAGCAGAUUACCGAUGAGAGUCUUGAAAAACAAUGCCGCGUCAGCACGCAGCGGCAGCUCGCGGCAUGUUCUUAGCAAGCUACAAGCACAGCAAAGACAGAGUUCGAAAGUGCCUCAAGGUAAUUUCCAAGCACGAGCUGAACAAGAAUUGAUUGCCUCCUUGGUGACACAAGCGUGCAGACGGUGGCGUUGUAAGGCGAGGAAGCGAAAGAGGCCAGCAAGAGAGCACACGACGAGCGAAACGAGGCUGCAAGGCUGCAUGUUCAACGAUUGUCAAGAGUCUCAAGACACGCAUUUUGCCGUCCAAGGCGUCGAGGGCAGGCGAGUUGACGUGCCGGGCUUGGACCGAACGUGGGCUCCAACGGCCAAUACCGUUGCAGCUCUUCGCAACCCUCGACGCCCAGCUCGCCCAGACAUUGGCAUAACAGGUCCACGCCCACUCCCACCGUGCAAUACCGCACAACACCGCCGCUCACCACCAAACACGUCCGCCCGUGAAGGCCCGCCGCCGCUCUCGUUGAAGCGUGGUGCCUUGGCUACGGUCUUGGAAAGAGGCGAUCUUAUGGAUCCUCUGUCGACCAGGCCAGUCCAAGAGGUAUGUAAAGGUCAAGUUUCUGCUCUUCCCACUCGUUUCAACCGUUCAGUCACAUCACAUCACCCUUCCAUCGUCGACGUUACUCGCGCUCCAAGCGCUACAGCUCCCACGAACUCUGUGAUGAUUGCAAGCACACCAGCUUGGGGCAUUGUGAGGGUUCUUGCAGCCACGGAUGUGGCGUAUGAGUUGGCGACAUCGUUGGCGCC